AAAUAGGCUAUGAGUAAAGAAAUCCAGUGUGCUUCAGACUUCAGUCGAAGACGUUUCCAGUCAGCUUCACUUCUUAAUAUACCACAGACUCUGCAUAAACUCCAGACUACAGACAAGGCAUUAUAGACAACUGAGAUGGCAAACCAAGGAAGACAUCUCUGUCCUGAAACUAUGAUUGUGGGUGGGACGGGAGGUGAUGAUUUCUCCUUUAAGUCUGCCUCCUACGUCACCAUUAAGAAGGUCAACGUUACUUACAGAGAGACAGCACUGACCUCAAUCCAGGUGAUUUUCAACUGUGGCCACAUGAUUAAAGUGGGUAACUUAACAGGAUCGCAGAGUCAAGAAAUUAAGUUUGAUGACUAUGACAAAAUUACUUAUGCAAAACUGUGGCCAAAUAUAACUGGUAACAGAUGUGGGGGGUUUGAGUUUGUGGUUGCAAAAAGCAAUGGAGUCACGACAACAUUAUCUGUGAAGUGUAAGCAACUGGGUCAGCCUGUGUGUUUGGAUGUGAAGUCUGGAAAGAUUAAUGGCAUUACAGGCAGAAGUGGAGAUGAAAUCGAUGCUCUGGGCUUCUACUUCAUUUAGUCUACAGCUAUGCAUGCUUACAGGUUGCUGACAGCAUCCAAAAUAUCUGCACAGCAAUCUUAUAAUCAUAUACAUUCAUCAGAUAAUAUACACAUCAGAUUUAAUGACUAAAUGUGAAGUAUCAGAUUUGAAUCAAUCAAUAUUACUUUAAAAAUUUCUACUAUUAAUUAAUAAAUUUCAGGCUCUUGUAUCCAUACUCGGCAAAAAAAUAAAUAUAAAUAAAUUAAAGCUGCAAGCAGCAUUUACCGGGGUUCAAGCAGUUUAGGCCUC